AACCCAGAACCUUCUUGCUGCAAGACAACAGCUCAACCAACUGCGCCACUGUGCAGCCCUCUAACACCAAUAUGUUAGCUCUUUUCUGAUUAUUCUUAAUUUGACGCCGAUUAUUAUACACCUAGAUACAGAUUUGCUUUUAACUUAACUAAUUUCUUAUUUAACUCUAAUUAGCUGUUAAUGUGACCCUGAUUAGUUUGAGUUUAAAGAUCUAUUAGAUUGAGUUUUAUUAGUUUUUACUUGACUCCAAAUAUAGUAGUUGCUACCUCAACUGUGGUUAACUUUUUGCUGGAUUCAUAUUAGCUAUUGGCUUCAAUCUGAUUAGCUGUUAGCUUGAUCCCAUUUAGCUUUUAGCUGAUUCAGAAUCCUUGUUCCAUUGAAUCUGAAGUGGGACCACAAUGGUGGGUCAUAUGACUUGCACCAAUUUUUAAUGUAAGGUAGUUUCGCAAUAACAAGCUUUGAGAGAGAGUAUAGUUUUCAGAUAGAGGUAGAAAAACAGCCAUAUGCUUUAGGUUUGCAUUGUUCUUACUGAAAGUAAUGGAAAUAUAUUGCGUUUUGACACUGUCGUUUUGCCUUUAUAUUAGUUAGGAAAACACAUAUAAUGGAACAGACGAGCACCUUUAAAACAGUUCUAACAAAAUAAAAAUAUUUUAGCUUGUGCUCAUUAUUUUACAUGAAUAAACAUACAAAAUGGAGUGAUUAAAAAUAACCUAAGACCUAUUUACUUAACUGCGAAUUAUGGACAGCUGGAGAAAAACAAGCAUCAAUAAAUGCAUGCUGACAUGGUAAAGUUUUUAAAAUGAACCUGGUUGGUUGAGGUCAGUCUCAAAGUAUUACUGUGUUUGAUAACAGCAUUAAUCCUUUGAGACUGACCUUUAAUCCAUAAAAUGGACUUUGUUUCACAAGCUCUGCGUCUCUGCAUGUAAAAACUGAGUUGAGUGUGUAACACAAUGCUAGUUCAUUGACUACAGGCAGCUCAAGUCAAACGUCUGGAAUUGGAUUUAAUAACAAUCAGAAAAUGUCCAACUCUGUCUCUGUAAUCCUGGCAUUCCUCUGCUUCCUGUUGCUCAGACCCUGUUACUGUGGAGGCAGCAAGAUCUUGGUGGUGCCUGUUGAUGGCAGCCACUGGAUCAAUAUGAAAAUAAUCCUUGAAGAGCUUCACUCCAGGGGCCAUGAAAUUACCGUUCUAAGAUCUGCCAAGAGCUGGUACAUCCCCAGUAACUCCUCAAUUUACGCGGCCAUUAACAUCCCAAUGUUGGAGGAUGAGGCAGACAGAAGCUUUUACAAUAAAAUGCUGAAGGACGUCAUGAGUUGCCGCAACUAUCCAAGGUUUAUAAGCACAUUUUGCCAACAGCACUUGAUUACAUCAAUGUUAGGGAAGGGCCAUGAGAUUCUGGCCAGAUCUGCCAACAUAAUAUUAGAGGACAAAGUUUUAAUGAAGAUCUUGCGGGAUUCAAAGUUUGAUCUCAUGUUGACAGACCCAGCCCUUACCUUAGGAGUAAUUCUGGGUGGUUACCUCAAGCUGCCAAUGGUCUAUAAUGUCCGCUGGAUUAAUACAGGGGAAGGUCAUCUAACUAUCGCUCCAUCUCCUGUCUCCUAUGUUCCUAUAUCUGGAAGUGAACUUCACCAUCAAAUGGAUUUUCAGGAGAGGAUAAAGAAUAUGUUGCAUUAUCUCUACAGUGUUUAUGAACAGUACUUCAUCAUUAACCCAGCCUACAUAGACAUCUUCCAGAAAUAUUUCCCUCCUGGGGCUGACUUGUUGUCUUUGGAGCUCUCAGCUGAUAUCUGGCUUUUCAGGGCAGAUUUUGUCUUUGAGUUCCCUCGACCCACCAUGCCCAAUAUGGUGUACAUAGGGGGGUUCCAGUGCAAGGAAGCCCAACCUCUGUUACUCUACUGUAAGAGGUCCAGCAAGAAGAUCAAACCAGAGUAA